GCAGCCGGUACCGCGGCACUGGCUGUGCCUCCGCAUAGCUCCGGUACCGGACCCGGGGCUCAAGGAGCCGGCUGCACCCCGAACCGGGAGGGACCCAGAUGCUGCUCCGGUCCUGAGCCAGGAGGCACCUGCAUCCCGCUCCGGUCCCGAACUGGGAAGGACCCGCACAUCCUGUUACGGUACCGAACCCGGAGGGACCCGCAUCCGGCAUCCCCGCUCCAGUCCUGAAGCGGGAGGGACCCGCACCCUGAACCGGCUUCGCCCCAGAUCUGGCCCCGGUCCUGGCCCAGCCGCACUCCGAGCCGGGAAGGACCCGCAGCCAGCAUCCUGCUCCAGUCCUGAACUGGGAGACAUCUGCAUCCCGAGCCGCCUGCACCCAAACCGGGAGGGACCCGCAUCCUGCUCUGGACCCGAAUCCCUUCCUGGUCCCGACCGCAUCCUGCUCCGGUUCAGAAUUAGAAGAGAACCGGUCCCAAACCGCCUGCGCCCUGAAUCGGGAGGAAUCUGCAGCUGCACCCGAGCCCGGAGGCACCCGAACCAGCCUGCAUCCCAGUCCAGCCGUGCCCAAACUGGGAGGUACCCGAACCAUGUGUGUGCCUUGACACUGCCGGGCACCCUGCUCCAGCUGAACCCGAGACAGGAGGGACCUGCGCUCCCAACCAGCUCUGCACCCCAAACCUGUGCACCCUGAACCAGAAGGGUCCCAAACCGGCCAUGCACCCCAAAAUGGUUGCACCCUAAAGCAGGAGGGAGCUGCACCCUAAAGCAUCCAUGCACCCUGAUCCUGCUGUACCCUAAACCAGGAGGAACCUGCACCCCAAAGCAUCCAUGCACCCUGAUCCUGCUCCACCUAGACCAGAAAGUACCUGCACCCAAAAGCAUCUGUGCACCCUGAUCUUGCUGCACCUCACAGCAUUCAUGCACCCUGCUCCUCCUGCACCCUAAACCAGAAGGAAGCUGCACCCUACAUCAUCUGUGCACCCUGAUCCUCCUGCACCCUAAACUAGGAGGAACCUGCACCCCACAUCAUCUGUACACCCUGCUCCUCCUGCACCCUAAACCAGGAGGCAGCUGCCCCCCAGAGCACCCCGGUUGCUGGUGGGGCUGGAUGGUGGCACGAUGGACAACGCUGUGCCACUGGCAGCAGAGCUGGAGCAGCAGUGGGUGCUCAACACCUCCCUGAACGAGUCCUUCAGCAACCAGUUUGUGCAGCCCCCCUGGCAGGUGGCCCUGUGGGCUGUUGCCUACGCCCUCAUCGUGGUGGUGUCAGUGGUGGGGAACGUGGUGGUGAUGUGGAUCAUCCUGGCUCACAAGAGGAUGCGCACGGUCACCAACUACUUCCUGGUGAACUUGGCUUUUGCCGAGGCCUCCAUGUCUGCCUUCAACACGGUGGUGAACUUCACCUAUGCCAUCCACAACGAGUGGUAUUAUGGGAUGCUCUACUGCAAGUUCCACAACUUCUUCCCCAUCGCCGCCGUCUUCGCCAGCAUCUACUCCAUGACGGCCGUCGCCCUGGACAGGUACAUGGCCAUCAUCCACCCGCUGCAACCCCGACUUUCAGCCACUGCCACCAAGGUGGUCAUUGGUGUCAUCUGGCUCCUGGCUUUCCUGCUGGCUUUCCCCCAGGGUUACUACUCAGUGAUGGAAAAGCUGCCAGGUCGACAGGUUUGUCUGGUGGAGUGGCCUGAGCACAGCACCAACGCCUAUGGAAAGAUCUAUCACUUCUGCAUGACCAUCUUGAUCUACUUCUUGCCACUUCUGGUGAUAGGAUGUGCCUACACUGUGGUGGGCAUCACCCUCUGGGCCAGUGAGAUUCCUGGUGACUCCUCUGACCGCUACCAUGAGCAGGUCUCAGCCAAGAGGAAGGUAGUGAAGAUGAUGAUCAUCGUGGUGUGCACCUUUGCACUCUGCUGGCUGCCCUACCACAUCUACUUCACCCUGCAGUACUUCAACCCUGAGUGGUACCUGCAGAAGUUCAUCCAGCAGGUGUACCUGGCCAUCAUGUGGCUGGCCAUGAGCUCCACCAUGUACAACCCCAUCAUCUACUGCUGCCUCAACGACAGGUUCCGUGUGGGGUUCAAGCAUGCCUUUCGGUGGUGCCCCUUCAUCAGCACUGGGGAGUACGAGGGCCUGGAGAUGAAGUCAGCCCGGUACCUGCAGACCCAGAGCAGCAUGUACAAGGUCAGCAGGAUAGAGACCACCGUGUCCUCAGCACUUGGGGCAGCUGAGGAGGAGCUGGAGGAGAGCACCAAGGCCAAACGUCUCUCUGUAGACAUGACCUCCAACGGCUCCUCCCGCAGCGACUCCAAAACCCUCUCUGAAAGCUUCAGUUUCUACUCCAACACCCUCACCUAAGCAGCUCCCCAGCUCCAUCAGCCACUCACAAGGGUGUCCUCAUCCCCUCCUCUCUCUCCCCAGGGUGCUGCAGUACCCAAGCCACCUAGAAUCAUCACCCCAGUCUGUGAUGUGCCAGCUUUUUCCCAUGCUGUUUUACCACCUCUUGCUGGGCCACUCGCCCUUUGGUGAGCUCAGAGCAAAAGCUGGGGAUGAAUUCCAGGUGCUUCUCCAUGGCUCAUGUCCCAACUCUAGGAAAGGCUGGCUGACCUCUACCUCGCUCACUGCCUGGCCAAGCCACCCCUUGCUGGGCAGGUGGAGAGGAUGCAGAAAUGGGACAGAGAAGGUUUGGGUUUUUUGUCUCCAAAACCCCAAGCACAGCCCUGGCAGACACUUUACUGCUCUCCCAGCACAUCCCAUCCCACAGGAAAAUCAACCAGUCUUGCACUUCUCUCCUCCCCCCUUUGAUAUCAUUCUCCAUAUCACUCCCAGAUGAAAAUAUAUAGAGAAAUUAAAUUGGAAAAUACAGCAAGAAAACACUGCUUUUAACUUCAGGAGCCUGUGCAUCCAUGGGGCACCACCAGCCCCUUGGUGUUUCAGCUCAGCUCCAGGCAUUUCUUCUCAGCCUCAUCCCUGGCACCCACAUCCCUCUGCAGAAAGGUUUUCUGUUGCCACCCCACAACACAGCUCACCAAAAGAGGGCUCACAAAGAAGGAUUUCAGGACCCAGCCAGACUUUGGUUGCUGUUAAUCAGCCAUAUGUGCCAGAAGCAAUCACUCUGAUUUCCUAGAAGGCCCCAGGUGAUGUCUCUCAGAGAUUUUGGAAGCCUCUGGAGGUCUGGAAGAGAGAACGACCAUCCUGGAAUGCUUUGUGCCACCUGGAAAUGUCUCAAACUGCAUAGAGAGGAGCAUGGAAAAUUCUGUCAGGAAAAACAAAGUUUCAUCAGCAUGCAGGGCCUGAAGAGAGACAAGAAUUGUGCUUUACUAGAGGGUUGCAAUGAUUCACUUCCACUUUCUGGAUUUUGUUUUGAUCAAGAAAAGCACAUCUCUCUUGUCUUUUGCAUCAAAAAUUAAGUUUAUGAUGUGUACAUGGAUCUAAUACUUUAAUCCUGUUAUAAUGGCUGAUUUUUCCCUGGGGCUGUUCAUACCAAGGGCUCCUGUGGUCAAAUAUAUGAACAUACACUCAAAGGGGAAAAAAAAAAAUAUAAUAGGGGAAAUUUGGCUUAUUGGGAGGAAAUCCACAAAUUUGGGAGUAUUCUGGGGGAAGUUCUAUCAACUGCUCCUUGCUGCUGGUUCAAUUUAUCACUUUCAGUGAAGAAAUCAGACUCCUAAAAUGGAUUCAGUACAAGACAGACACACUGGAGAUGUGUGAUAGAUUUGCACAGGGCAAGAAAAUGGCUUUCAUUUGAAAAUAAACAAACAUCAGCCCCUGCUAAGCACACAGCAAAUUCUGGAAGUAAAGCAGAGAGGACUUUGGGAGCUUUUCAACUCUUCAGCCUCCAAAGGGGCUGCUGGAAAAACCACUCAUCAAAUGACUCAGCCACAAUGAUUCUUGGGAGAUAUUUAAGCAAUGACUCCAGCAGAAAUUAAAUGGAUGGGGAAAGAGAUGGAUCUAAGAGCAACAAAAUGGCUGCAAAACCAGAUUGGCAAGAACAAUCAGCAUCUUUUUUUAAACAAAUAUCCUGCCAAGUGCCAGGAGUGAGGAGCAGCUCUUCCAGCCCCUUCCACUCUGUUCCCAACUGCUGCAAGGACACGAGGUUACAAACUGCAAAUUCUGGAAUGUGCUGGGUUUUGUCUUGCUUCAAACUCCCACUUCUCCCUGUUCUCAUUGCCUUAAUAUAUACAUUCCCUGGCCACUGCCUCCAGCAUCCCUGUGCCAUGAAGAAGCUGCAAUGCCUGAGGAUUUUUUUUUGGGAUGGGCAAUGCCAAAGCAUUUUAACCCUGGGAAUCUUUCCCCCCCCAGUUCCCCAGGAGCUGUGCUGCCAAUACACAAGAAGGUGCUACAAAAACCAGAGCCAAAUACUGAUUUGUUCUCUGCUGCCAACCCAAAUACAAAGAGGGAGCUGAAGAAGGCAAGCAGAGAUCUGCUCCAUAAGCUCCACACACUGGAGUUUGUGUCAGGUUGUGAGAGGCAUCAGCAUUCAGGAAAAUUAAAUAUAUAUAUAUAUAACCACACUGCCCUUUUGCCCAUAAUUUAUGCCCCAAGAAAGAUGAGACUUGCAGAGAAAUGACAACUGUCUUUUCACAAACAAUGCUCAGCUUGAAAUGUGGGACAAGCCCAGGGCCAUGCCUGGCAACACUGACUCAAGCUGAGAGUUUCCAGCCUGAAAUGUUUCUUGUGCAUCUUGUAGAAAACUCUCUUGAAAUCAAGUGAGGGAAAUUCCCACCCCUCAUAAAACAGUGCCCCUGACAGCAGCAGAGCCUGGCUGGGAUGCCCAAGCUGAUGGCAACAGGUCUGAGGAUCAUUCAACAGAUGGAGAAGGAUGCAGAAAAACCAAAAUAUUGUGUAAAUGGGUACAACCUGCCCAAACUUGAGUUUUCUUCCCCCCAUCCAAGUGCCAAAUCAUUUUCCCUGUGGAGGCAGGAACAGGUAUAGGGGGCUCUUUGCAUAUUUAGGAUCUGGGUGGGAUGUUUGGCUCAGGUCCAUGUCUAUGACCUGGAUCAGGCAAGACAAGCUGGUUUCACCAACCUUGGGAUGCUCUGAGCACACAAAGCCACAGAGAAAUCUUCUUCUGAAGCUUGAAAAGCUUAAAACAAGACUACCCCUGCUCCCAGGUUUGGGGAUGGGACUUCAAAUCAUGUGGAAGCCCAGCCUCUACACUACUGCCAGCUCUGCUUUCAGACAGGUCAGCUGAAACAGAGGCUUUCCUGAGUUCAUGAAGCCCUUUUCCCUGCUUUGCUUGCAGCUCUUGGAUUAGAAACUCAAUUGCUAAGUGAGACAGUUGCUCUGCCUCUUUCCUGCCUCUCUGAAAUGCAAAAAUCACAGCAUCUGGAGAGAAUCCCUCAGCAGGUCUGUGGAGGCACACAGAUAACUCCCACCAUCAUUAAGAGGAGCUCCCUAACCCCAGGUACAAUCCCAAACUGUCACAGGAGGAAGCUCUGAAACUCUAAUCCCAGCCUGAAGCCAGAUCCCAGCCCCCAGGAAGCUGAUUACAGGCUGAGCUUUGCCCUCUGGCACUCAGAAUUUGCUCUUUUCACCUAGAAGGAUGUUCCACCUCCCAGCAGGAGCAAGGAGCAGCAAGUCCCCAGUUCCAUCCAGCUCUCCAGGGCUGCUCAAUUGCUCCACAAUACAAUAUCUACACUCUGUUUCACCUCUUUCAACACUGAUCUCCCCCCAGCUCAAAACAAAAAAAGCAGCAAAAGCCAAGCCCUCCUGUGAGAUCACACAACCCAAGUGCCCAGCCUGAGAGCUCCCAGCUUCAGUUUACCAUUAAAAUCAUAAUUUUUAGAUAAAAACACCUCUCAGACUUCAGGAAUCUGUUACUGAGCAAACCAUUCUGCAAUUAGAAAGCAAAGUUUAACAUGCAAAUAGCCCCUUGUCCUGUGCUAUAUCCACCCAAAAUAGCACCUCAGCUGGAAGCUGGCACUCAUCAGUUAAACAAUGAGAAGGGACAGUGAGUCCAAGAGCAGCUGAGCAUGAGAGAUGACUCUCAGGUGUCUUUGCCCUUAAACCUUCCAUCCCAGCCAAAAAAA